CGCACUCGAGUUUAGAACAAAGUCCUGCACAGCACUUCAGUUCACGCUCAGCAUGUCAGUCACCCUCCAUACCACCCUCGGCGACAUCAAGAUCGAAGUCUUCUGCGAGGCUGUGCCAAAGACCGCAGAGAACUUCCUUGCUCUGUGCGCCUCCGGCUACUACGAUGGCUGCAUAUGGCACCGCAACAUCAACGGAUUCAUGAUCCAGACAGGUGAUCCGACUGGCUCAGGGAAGGGCGGACAGAGCAUCUGGGGGCAGCCAUUCGCAGACGAGCUCCGGACAACGCUCAAGUUCAACAACCGCGGCAUUGUCGCCAUGGCCAAUGCAGGACCCGACACAAACAAGUCUCAAUUUUUCAUUACGUACGCUAAGCAACCGCACCUCGAUGGGAAGUACACCAUCUUCGGCAAGGUGAUCGACGGCGCAGAUACCACCCUUGAUGCGAUGGAGCGCGCUCCGGUCAGCGCAAAGAACAGGCCACUCACGGAGAUCAAGUUGACUCAUAUCACAAUCCACGCAAAUCCCAUCGCCGAUGACAAGCUCGUUGGCCGAUAGUGUGCUCCGGACCUUCCAUGCUCCGUCUUCCCUGCUGUGUUGCCGUAACCGUUGCAUGAUCUUCUGCUGCCUGUAUCAGUAUAUUUUCUCGUUCUUCCAUAAAGCCGUUACACGUGUGCGACUCCUCAUGGCGGAGCCCUCCGUGACGCCCUUUGACAAAAUUGGCCACGGGUGCAGGAUCCCUGGGCGACCGCUUUGUCGGCUUUUGUCAGAGAAAGAAUUGUUCGAUGAAUCUACCUAUUUUGAUGUCUCGUUGGGAC